GCCAGUCUGGAGCACCGCCAAUCCUAGCGCGUGCCGACGCAAGCCGAGCAGCGCCAACAACAUGGCGCGAGUUCUGUGGAUUACCAUGAUGGUCAUCGGUAGUAUAUAUGUCGUCAGGCUGCACUUUGGACAGUCACAAGGCCCAAUUGUACCCCAUUCGAAUCACGUUGCUGCGUAGCCAGGCUGGACCGACGUGGCAAUUCACCCAACCAAGUGCAACUAUAACCGAUCCGUGACCUACAAAGAAGUCGUCAAAUCCCCGACUGGAACACCGAUAACGACUUCUACACACAAUCUCAGCCAUGGCACUCCGGAUACACCACCUUCAGCGCCUUCAAAGCCUUCAAAGCCUGGCCCGUUCACAGACACCCCGAACCUUCUCUUACACUGCUCGAUAUGUCCACCAGAGCUCACGGCAAAACGUCUCUCUGCCGACGUCAUCACCAGUGACCGCCUCCUCACAGAUCCUCAACACACAGACUGCGCCACACGAAGCCUCCACUAAAGCCGUCCUUGGCCGUCUGCCAACCUCUACAGUCCUUCGCUCGUACCUCAUCACCGCCAUGUCUUCAUCUCCAGUGUUGCUUUCUCUGUGCUUCGGCAUCUUGCGGCGCAUGCUCGACUCCAAGUCGUAUUUCAUGAGCGUUGAGCACAACCCUGUGCUCGCUACUUUACUCAAGAAGACUUUCUACGCCCAGUUCUGCGUGGGCGAGCAGAAAGAAGAGGUAGUCCGUAACUCAGAAUUCGCGCGGAAUGUGUUAGGAUAUGGUGGCGUCUAUUACGAGUACGCACUGGAAGUGCUCGCCGGAGGCGAAGCAACGGCUGAGGAGACGAAGCAGGAAAUCGAAGUGUGGCGGAAGGGCAUGUUGAAGAGCGUGGAUAUGGCGAUGGACGGUGACUUUGUUGGCUUGAAAUGGUCAGGCCUCGGUCGCCACGCCCUUCACCUCCUCCAGAAGCAACAAGACCCUACGCCGGAAAUGCUGGCCGCUAUGACCGCCGCCUGCGAUGCCGCUGCCGCAAAGGGUGUCACUCUACUCCCUGGAGCCGAGGAGGAAAUCACAAACAUCGGAAUCGAGAAGUGGACUCUUGCUCUCCAGAAAAAGUACAACGCCCCUGAACAUGGCCGCGCCCUUCUCUACAUUACCUACCAAUGCUACCUCCGGGGCAUUUCGCAACGCAUGGCGCAGCAUCUGGAAAUCGCAUCAAAAGAGGGCUACAUCGCCGGUGUGAAGCUUGUUCGGGGCGCAUAUCUGACUUACGAGCCUAAGGAGCUCACCUUCGAUAACAAGGAAAGCACCGACGCAAACUAUGACGCCUGUCUCGACGCCGCCGUACAGCAACAAUGGACCGACAAAAUCCCCUCGCCAUCACCCAACACCCCCUUCCCACCCGUCAACAUCGUCCUCGCAACCCACAACCUCGCCUCCGUCCAGAGAGCCAAGCAGAUCCGCGCAUCCCAAAUGCUCACCACCGCACCCGAGAAGCUUCCGCGCCUCACGUACGCACAGCUUCAAGGAAUGGCAGACGAGAUCUCGCAGUCGCUCGUCCUGGACCCGACGAUGAAGGCAGACAAGCAGGCUAAGGUGGUCAAGUGCAUGACUUGGGGUACGACAACUGAGUGCUUGAACUUCUUGCUACGAAGGGCGAGCGAGAAUAAGGAGGCGGCGCUACGGACAGUGGAUACCAGGAAAGCAAUGGGAGCGGAAUUGUGGAGGAGAACGAAGGGUGUAUUUGGACUGGCUUAGUCGGCUUCUCUCCUAGGGGUUUGAUGAUUUUUUGAAACUGCAUACAUAGCAUAAGCACGGCGUUGGACUGGUUGUCUUUUCAAAAUGGCGGAGC